AUGUACCGCCUCGAGGACGGCGUCGUUUGCGGCGUGCUGAACGACUGGGACCUCGCUGUCGAUGCCGCGGUGCCCCACUCUAGCUCGGUGCUGACCGGCACGCUGCACUUCAUGGCCAUCGACCUUUUCGACGCAAGGGCGGUCCGUGGCGAGGUCCGCCACCUCUAUCGCCACGACCUCGAGGCGCUGCUCUGGAUCUUCCUGUGGGUGAUGAGCAAACACGGUUUCCUGAUGCGCAAACCCGACCAUGGCACGACCGCAACGUGGACUGCCGAAGCCGAGCUUAUACGGUCGAUACGCCGCUACCUCCGAACGGCCCAGCGUGCCCGUGAGAACAAGAACUGGGAUAUGGAGACUGAGGAUUCCCGUGAGGAGGAAGCAGACGAGCCGGAGAAGGUCUGGUGGGAGUUCUGCGCGGUGGUACGGAGGGUGGGCACGGCGCACCCUGCGAUGAGUUACCUUCUCGCGUUAAUUCCUGAUAGGGACAGUUCAUGUUGA